GGUUGAAUUCUUGUCUGACAGAGAAGACUAACCCACCCAGUCAGUGUGGACCGAUGAAGACCAGUCUCUUCUAUGGCUGGUUUUAGGCCUGUGGUCCUUUAACCCCCUUUCAUUUUUUGUAUCCAUUAUUAUAAUCAUCAUAAAUAUUUUUCACUUUUUAUUUUAUUUUAUUUUCUUUUGAUAAAUAUAUAAUAAUGGCUCCUCUCAUCUGAUUUAAGACUGGUAUAUAAAUUUAAAAAAAAAAAAAAAAAAAAAACAAUAUUUGCAGAAUUCAGAGCAGUUGAGCACUCCCCCCUCUCAGCUCAGAGGACUGCUUAUUUUUCAGUCUUCAUUUCAUUGCUCUCCCAAUUAAUCAGGCAGCUCAAUCAAAUAAAUUUAAUAUUUGUUCUGAGGAUUAUUAGGUAUCGGAAUUUGAAUCAGCUGCAGCGAUUACAGCAUGGUUGCGUUCAAUUGGUGGUGCUGCUGAACGAUUUGGAGGAACGAAGUUCAUAGAUCUGGGUAGUUAGUAGCAAUCUUAGUUGUUUGAAGUCAGCAAUUAUCAGACUGCGAUGCGAGUGCGAUGGAUCCUAUAAGUGGAGCUAACAAUAUGAGCAGCAAUUCGAAUUUGGCCUCGAAGCAGAGGCUUCGUUGGACGCAUGAGCUGCAUGAACGAUUUGUCGAUGCUGUAGCACAGCUUGGUGGGCCAGAUCGAGCUACUCCUAAAGGCGUUCUCAGAGUUAUGGGAGUUCAAGGGCUAACGAUUUACCAUGUAAAAAGCCACUUACAGAAGUACAGGCUUGCCAAGUAUCUUCCAGAUUCUUCUUCUGAUGCUUAUGUACAAGGGAAAAAAGCCGAAAAUAAAGAAUCUGGAGAUAUCCUUUCGGGCUUGGAUGGUUCAUCUGGAAUGCAAAUCACCGAAGCACUCAAACUGCAGAUGGAGGUUCAAAAACGACUGCACGAGCAAUUGGAGGUGCAAAGACAGCUACAAUUGCGAAUAGAAGCCCAAGGAAAAUACUUAAAAAAGAUAAUCGAAGAACAACAGCGCUUAAGCGGAGUUCUUCCCGAAGCACCUGGCACAGAGGAUAAUAAGAUUUGCCCAGAAUCCGAUAAUAAAACCGAUCCAGCAACACCCGCUCCAACAUCAGAAUCACCGUUUUCAGACAAGCCACCCAAAGAACACACCCUUGUAAAGAGUCUCUCUCUUGAUGAGUCAUUCUCCUCUCACCAUCACGAACCAUUAACCCCUGAUUCUGACUGUCACGUGACUUCACCGGUCGAGGCCCCCACGAGUGAUGAUGUGGCGUUUGCGAAAUCGGAGAUGGUUAAUCUCGGCCAUUCGAUUCUGGAGUCGAGCUUGAGCCCUUGUUACAAUCAACAGCAGCAGCAUUCGGUUUUCUUGACGAGACAGCAGUUUGAUUGUUCUAUGGAAGUGCCAGCUGGCGGUGAAAAUACGAUGGAGAAGGUGUCUGGCGGCAAUGUGUAAAUUCGUAGUGGGUGCAAUGUUUAGCUUCGAUAUUUGUGCUGCUCUACUCGAUUGUCUGUUGUUCUGUGUAUUAAGAAACCUUAUUCAUAUGUAGAGACGUUAGGAAGAGAGAGUGUCAGAUUUAGAAAACGUUGUAUUUCGGGAUGUUUUUAUGAAGUUGUGUUUCGAUAAACGGGUGAAUGUUCAUAU